UCGUGCUGAGAUAAAAUCAUUUCUGCUUUAAAUUCUUUGGUUUUUAGCAUUUACCAGUGUCUUUGCUCCAAAGACAAUUAUUAACAUUUUCAGUACAUGUUCCUCUUUUGGAGACACUGGAAACGAACCUUUCAAGGAAAAUAGGCUUCAUUGAAUAAUGACUAAUUCCUCUUUCAUUAAAAUUCAAUACGCUUACAACACGCACAAAAGCAAAUCAACGAAGAUACCUUUGAGGAGUGUCAGAGUGAAUACAGAUUUGUUCCCUGAGGAUCAAGAAGCAUGACGCUAUUUCACCCAACCAAUGGUUCCGCUGAUGACGUAACAAGUGAUUCCCUUGGCCGAAGCAACGUCCAAAUCGGCUUCGAAGUCUUCCUUGCCUGCUUGAUAUGUGUGACCAGUUUCAUCGGAAACUCGUUGGUUGUCUACGCUAUUCACCGGGAUGCUAGACUCAACACGGUAACAAAUGCACUGAUUGAAAACUUGGCUUUCAGCGAUAUUCUCAUGGCAAUGCUGCAUAUGCCAUUUUGGAUCGUCAGCCUGCGCUAUGGACGAUGGGUUCUUGGUCAUGCGCUAUGUCAGAUUACUGGUGUAACGCAACUUAUUUUUGGCAUUGUGUCACUGUUAACAAUGACCGCCAUCGCUAUCAACCGCUACUUCAAGGUUGUCAAGCGCCACCUAUACGUAAAGUUCUUCUCCAGCAGGAAAACGACAUAUUUCGUAAUCGCGUUUUGUUGGUUUGCGUCAGUUGCUGUAAACACACCACAGCUCUACGGAUGGGGAAAGAUAGAAUACCACGUGUUGUUCACAGACUGUACAUGCGUAUGGAGCUUGGGAGACAAGUCAUACAUUAUCUUUCUCUGUAUUACGACAAUCUUCAUUCCUGCCACCAUCAUUUUCAGCUGCUACUUUGUGAUUUACAGAACAGUACGGGAGAGUGCCCGCCGCGUCCAGGGUCACUCCUCCUUACCCAACCCAACUAAAACCGAGGACAAGACAGAAAACAAAGUGUUGAAAACUUCAUUAGUUGUGGUGUGCGUGUAUAUGGUGUGUUGGACACCUCUUUCUGUCAUCGGCUUCAAAGAGGUUUUUGCAUCGACAAGUGCUCGAUGGCUUCAUUUUGUUUCCUAUGUUCUGGUGUACUGCAGCAGCAUGGCUAAUCCAUUCAUAUACGGGAUCAUGAAUCCACAAUUUAAGAAAGCGUUUACCUCUAUUCUGCACCUCCGGGACUCAUCUACAAGCGACGUCAGAGUGUCCACUGUAUCGCGAAAUCCCGCGGGAUCUCAUAUAGACGUGCAAGGAGUUUACACUUCAACCGCUUAACGUGUUUAACCUUUUGCAUUGAGCAUUUCUAACAUGUUUGCAACCUGAAAAUGAAGAAGGAUCCACCUCGUUCGUACGUUACUUAAAUUGAAAAGAAGGACAAGCUAGAAUUUCGAGCUGAAGGUUCGUGAUUUCCUUUUCUGCACCUCAAGGACGGUGCCUACUAAACACAUUUUCCUUUUUCGCCAGAUUAGGAGCAUGUGGAAAAAGUAGAUUUUAGUAAAAGGCUAAUGGAAUCCCCAAAGAAUACUGUCUAGCGGGCGUGGAGUGUAAACGACGCCUUGCUUUGUGCGCAAACGUGUGCGCACUAACAAAAGUAGGUAAACAAAAGUAGAUACUGUCCUUCAAUAACGUGCAUGGUCUUAACUCUUCAUGAUUUUCGUUGCUCAUUGUAAAAAUAACUAGGUAGUCUAGAUUAUGCCCAGAUUUUUUUCUCAGUCCCAUACUAGAAGGAUAAGAUAAGAACCCUUAUUUAAAUGUCAAAGUAUUUAGCACCAGUGGACUAACUGGGGGCAUUAAAAAUGAUAAGCCUACCGAACUUAAAUGUUAAAAUUGAAUAUUUACAAUACUAAAAUAUUUAAAAUUACAAUACUAAAAUAAUAGAAUUAUUUACAACGCAAUCUAGUUACCGCAAAGCUUACACCAAUUAUUGCUAUUGGCGACAUACUCUGAUAAGUAAAGUUUUCUGCUUUCAUUUCUAAAAGUCUUUAGAGUAGGGGCAUCUCUGAUAUCUUUACCUAGUUUAGACAACAAUUAAGGUCUUGUAUAUCUGAUUGCUUGUUUACCAUAGCGUUUGGUAUUGAAACGAGGAAUCACAAAAUUACUGUUCCGUGGCAAGUGCGUAGAAUCUUUACGGACACAUACUGGUGGAUACCGCAUAUUCUUACUUGGAAACCUUUCCUGAGGAAACCGCAGGCUUAGUUCAUUCCCUUGCGGAUUGAAGUUGCUGUUUGCCAACUUGUAGGCAGGAAACUUACCUCCCAAGUGAGUUUGUGAAGCACACGUUUCGAGCGUUAGGAGGAAUUUUGGGUUGUGUGAUGAUGAUGACGAUGAUGUAUGUGCUCAUACGUAUACAGUAUUGUAGCCAAGGGAGUUAGCCUAUUGGAAGAAGCAUGUCAACGAAAGAAACAUAGCAACAUAAUCCAUUCAGGUAAUUAAUUAAUCUACGCUAUUUCUGUUGUAAUUAUAACUCCGUUUCCACCACUAUCUAAACAAACGCACCAACCACAUCUCGCGCAUCGUUCUGACGAAGGCCUGAAGCUCCAAAUGUCAGCUUUAUAAGCUCGCUACGGUGGCUAAGGUACCUUUAUCAACUUUAAGGUGAUAAAUACAUGUAGCUACAGUAGGCGUUUCACUUGCCUAACUUCGGAGCCCAACAGUUUCUUUAGAAACUAAUAACGUCGUCCCGGAUACAAAAAUGGCCAUUGACUGAAAGUUGAUUGGUCUAUCAGGAGCCAGAUUCAAUGACAGGAAUCCAGGGAAAACAGAAAUGUUCUGCCCACAGAUGUCAGCGUAAGUCAAAUACUGCAAUUCUUCGUACACCCUUAAUAUCAGUAAGGAACAUUUCAUGUUCAAACCACAGUGAUGUAAUAAAUAUGUAAUAAAUAUGUAGUGAUAUAAUGACCUGCGUGUCUUUAACUGCCCGGCCGUGAGUAAAGGAUAUUUCUAGAGCCGCCGCUAUGGAGAAGCUCCAGUGUUUUUGAGUAAGGCAUCGCCAUCGACAGUCAGCUACCAAGAUGACAGGAAGCUUCAGCAUGCAUGAGCGAACUUGUUGAAAAAGAAUAAGCAUUGAUUUCUAUAAAACGAAAAGGGGUAGGUAAACGUUACGGCGUAACAGUGCUUAAUCAACUGAAGGCACAAGUCUCUUUGUCGUGUUUAAUUUUAAUUUUACGCAAAUUAACGAUUAUGAAUAUUCUUUAAUAAUCAAUAUUAAGAACAGCAUAUUUAAAUUUCAUUAUUUCAACUUGUAGGAAUUAUUUAAUGUACAUAAUGUGUCUGACAAAUAUUUAUCUGGUUAAAAAGCUAAAUCAGAAACUUAAUUAUCACUCAUAAAAUAUAUGCAGUUUAGAUAAGUGCUAGGAAAAUUAAAGCAAAUAUGUAUCUAUAAUUGUGGUCUUUGCCAUUUUGCCAUUAAGAGAUUUUAAUAAUGUUACAUACACGAUAAGACUGAAUAACGAGUAACGGCCUUAAAAUUAGAAAGAAGAAAAGUAAAUAUAUUUCGUAACCGAGCUCCUUUAACGAAUGAAAUCGGCUGAACUUUCUUAAGAUAGCUAUACGUCACGUGUAUGCUACGUGUAUGUCACGUGUGCUUUAACACAUCUCUUUCGCAAAAACUGUUAGUUCUUUGAUAAAAGAAAAGUAUUACGUGUAUGUCACGUGUCAAAUCAUUAGAUAUAAUUAAAUGUGUAUUAAUUUUUUCCUUGGUAAGAGCAAUGCAUUGGGUGAACCAUUAUUAAAAGUUAUA